GGAGGGUGAACGAGCGGGAGAAAAAGGGGGGCAAAAGAAUCCCCCAUCAAACUGCCCCUACCCCCAGCCGAAGCCCAGGAACUGAAAGAAAAGAUCUGCUCCAGCUCCGGGACUCUGCGGAGCGGCGAUCGACCGACAUUUAAAGCUCGUUUUUAAGCGCGUUCGCGGAGUACCGUGCGCUCUUGGAGAGUUUACGCACGCACGCCGUCGACAUGGCAUGGAUAACUGUUUACUCCGGGUGAAAACUUCGCGUUUUUGAGGAGUUAUUUGGAUUUUUUUGUUUUGCUUUACAUGGAUGCGCCUUUGAGAGGAAUUAUAUGGUCGCACCGCAUCUGUAUCGAUCCCAAGUAAAGUUACGUGGACGCGCGUGGAAGAGUUAGUGCCAAACGUCCAGCGUGCCGACCCCUCGUCUCCAGCCUGCGGGGCCGCCGGCUCUCCAGCCAGGUCAAAGGUCAUCUACGUCAUGAUGCCAACCAGUCACCUACCCAUCCUGCUCUCCCUGAGCGCCCUGCUGCUGUCUCCGCUGCUCACCGGCUCCUUAGCCUUAUCUUCACCCAGGUUCACAAAAGUACCUGUCGACAUGAUCGGCGUCUCCGGAGGUGUUGUAUCCUUCGUUUGCCAAGCCACAGGUGACCCUAAACCCAAAGUAACCUGGAACAAGAAAGGGAAGAGGGUGAACUCGCAACGCAUCGAGACGAUAGAGUUUGAUGAAGGUGCAGGAGCCGUCCUGAGGAUCCAGCCUCUUCGGGCGCCUCGAGACGAGAACGUCUACGAGUGUCAAGCGGAGAACAGCGAAGGCGAAAUCAAUGUUCAAGCCAAGUUGUCUAUCAUUAGAGAGGACCUGCUUCCUCCUGGCUUCCCCAACAUCGACAUGGGCCCACAGCUGAAGGUGGUGGAGCGAACGCGUACUGCUACCAUGCUUUGCGCUGCCAGCGGUAACCCUGACCCAGAAAUCACCUGGUUCAAAGACUUCCUUCCCAUCGACCCCAACACAAGUAACGGCCGAAUCAAACAACUCCGAUCAGGUGCCCUGCAAAUAGAAAACACUGAGGAGACGGACCAGGGGAAGUACGAGUGUGUGGCGUCAAAUGUGGAAGGCGUCCGAUACUCUUCCCCUGCCAACUUGUAUGUGCGAGUUCGUCGUGUGCCCCCACGUUUCUCCAUCCUGCCCACCAGCCAAGAGAUCAUGCCGGGUGGGAGCGUCAACAUCACUUGUGUCGCCGUGGGCUCGCCUAUGCCCUACGUCAAGUGGAUGCUUAACUCUGAGGACUUGACGCCUGAGGAUGAGAUGCCAGUGGGCAGGAACGUUCUGGAGUUGAACAGCGUCCGCGAGUCAGCCAACUACACCUGUGUGGCCAUGAGCAGCCUGGGCAUCAUUGAGACUGUGGCUCAGAUCACUGUCAAGUCCUUGCCAAAACCUCCAGGUACUCCUGUCGUAACUGAAACUACUGCCACUAGUAUCACCAUCACCUGGGACAGUGGGAAUCCGGAGCCUGUCUCUCAUUACAUCAUCCAGUAUCGCGCCAAGUCUCCCGAGAGCAAGUUUGAGACUGUGGACUCCAUCACCACCACUCGCUACAGCAUUGGAGGACUUUCUCCCAACACCGAUUAUGAGAUACGUGUUUCAGCAUUCAACACCAUUGGCCAAGGGCCUCCCAGUGAACCGGUUGAGGCUCGGACUGGAGAGCAAGCUCCCGCCAGCCCGCCAAGAAACAUCCAGGCCCGUAUCAUCUCACAGAACACUGUGUUGGUACGCUGGGAUGAGCCGGAUGAGCCCAAUGGACAGAUCAAGGGUUAUCGGGUCUACUACACCAUGGAUCCAACUCUCCCCAUGAGCAUGUGGCAGAUCCACAAUGUCCAGGACAGCGUGCUUACGACCAUUCAGAGUCUGGUGACCUCUGAGACCUACACCAUCAGAGUUCUGGCUUUCACAUCUGUUGGAGAUGGACCUUUUUCAGAUCCCAUUCAUGUCAAAGUGCUUCAAGGAGUCCCAGGACAGCCGACCAAUUUCCAGGUUGGUGAGGUGUCAGACACGGGUGUUGAGCUAACAUGGGAACCAGCCUUCGAGAAAGAGGGAAUCAUCAGUUACGAACUGCAUUACAGAGAGGGCAAAGAUGGACCUCUGGGUAAGAAAAAAUUUGCUCCAACCUCUUCCUAUGUGGUGGACGGCCUACGUCCAAAUACAGAGUACAUCUUUACUCUGGCUGCUGUCUCCAACAAGGGCAUUGGAGCCUUCACCAACGACUUAGCCCAGACGACGUCUCAAGCCAAGCCCUCCGCCCCCCCUCAAGACAUUAAGUGCUCCAGCUCCAGCUCCACCAUCCUGAUGGUAAGUUGGCGCCCUCCGCCGGCAGAAAGCCAGAAUGGGGAGCUGGCCGGGUACAUUGUGCGCUACGCGGUGGUAGGCGCCGGAGCAGAGGUCAGCACGGAGCACGUGGAGGUGCCCACGUCCGGCCAGAUCCUGCUGCAACGGCUGGAGAAAUGGACUAUGUACCGGGUCACCGUGGCGGCCUCCACCAGUGUGGGUUCGGGCCCCGAGAGCGAGCCUCUGCUCUGCCGGACAGAUGAGGACGUCCCCGGGGCCCCGCCGCGCCGUGUGGAGGUCGAGGUGCUCAACUCCACUGCCAUCAAGGUGAUGUGGCGCUCCUUACUGCCAGGAAAACAGCAUGGGCAGAUCCGGGGGUACCAAGUGCACUACGUCCGAGUCGAAAACGGUGAAUCCCGCGGCCUGCCACUCAUCAAGGACGUCAUGCUAGCUGAUGCACAGGAGAUGGUCAUCGGGGGUCUGCAGCCCGACACCACGUACUCCAUCACGGUGGCAGCCUACACCACCAAAGGAGACGGAGCCCGCAGCAAACCCAAGCUGGUGCUCACCAAAGGAGCAGUCCCAGGGCCUCCCUUUCUCUCCGUCAACCAGAACUCAGAGACUACUGCAAUAAUACGCUGGCAACCCCCAGAUUAUGUUGCUCCUGGAAUCGAGGUGCAGGGCUAUCGGCUACAGUUUGGCCGAAGAGAUGUGAACCCCCUGGCUACGUUGGAAUUUAGCCCUCAGGAGCUGGAAUAUUCCAUUAGCAAUAUCCACCGAGGAGCUACGUACAUCUUCAAAGUCUCCGCCAAGUCCAAAUCAGGAUUUGGUGAAGAGGCAACUCAAGAACUGAGAGUCCCAGAAGAGGUUCCUCGAGGGUAUCCUCAAAUAACCGAAGGGUCCAACAUCACCUGCUGCUCAGUCCAGUUCUCCUGGCUCCCUCCGGUGCUGGCGGAGCGCAAUGGCGCUAUAACAGAAUACACACUUUCUUAUCAGGAGGCCGGAACAAUCAGUGGACCUAAGGAAUUGCGCCUGCCAGCCGAUGAGAACAAUUACAUCCUCAACAGCCUGAGGCCCAACGCAGUAUACGAUGUGAAAAUUCGAGCGCACACCAGCGUAGGUCCAGGGCCCUACAGCCCACCGAUCCAGUAUCGAACAGUGGCCUAUGAAGCAGAUGUUCCUAGGAACUUCACUGUAAAGCUGGUCACCAAGACAUCAGUACUGCUUUCCUGGAAGUUUUACGAUAGCCGUUUCCCAUAUAAGUGCACGAUCGAGUACCACCGGCAGAAGUCUGACAUUGAUGCCAGGAUGACUAAAACUCUCAUCGCAAAUUUGCGACCCAACACAACCUAUGAGUUCAGAAUAAGCUGCCAGGACAGUAGCGACGGUGGACCCAAACACAAGCUUGUUGCCCGAACUGCGCCACCUAUUCUGGUCCGAAAACCUGAGUUAGACCUGAAAAGAGAGUCAGACAGUACACUGACAAUUGUCCUCCCACCGCUGGAAACAAAAGACUUGAUCAAGGCAAUCUAUGUUGUGGUGGUUCCUCUCAAGAAGGGAAAAGGACCAAUGCGACACAUCAAGAGCCCAGAUGAGCUGGACCUGGAAGAGCUGUUGGGUGAACGAAGGCUUGGCCUACAUCACUCCGGAACUACCCGUCAGCUCAAACAGGUGGACGGGAAACGACCCUACAUUGCUGCCAGCUUCAAGCCCUCAUCCAUGCCGCCGUCCAUCACUUUGGGCAACCAGAUGAUGUACGGCAGUUUCGAGAACCGUGCUCUGGACCGCGGGCAGGAAUACAUGCUGUUCAUUCUUGCCGAGCUCAACACCACCGGCGUGAAAGCAUUUGCAUCUAGCCCCUACACGGACCCGAUCAUGGCACCGGACUUGGACCCUCAGCCGCUGGAGUCAGGAGGAGAUGGCCUCAUCUGGGUCGUGGGACCUGUCCUGGCUGUGGUCUUCAUAAUCUGUAUAGUGAUUGCCAUUCUCCUCUAUAAGAACAGCAAACGUAAAGAGUCGGAGCCGCGGACCAAAUGCCUGCUGAACAACGCAGAUAUCACACCUCACCAUCCCACAGAUCCCGUCGAGAUGAGGAGAAUCAACUUCCAGACACCAGAUUCGGGUCUAAGCAGUCCUGUCAGCGAAGCCGGUUUUGACUAUGAAAGUAUGAUGAACCAUCCGCCUAUACCCAUCUCAGAACUAGCCGAGCACACAGAGCUGCUGAAGGCCAACGACAACCUGAAGCUCUCCCAGGAGUACGAGUCCAUCGAUCCGGGUCAGCAGUUCACCUGGGAGCAUUCCAACCUGGAGGUCAACAAACCCAAGAACCGCUACGCCAACGUCAUCGCCUACGACCACUCCCGCGUAAUCCUGGCGCCCAUCGAAGGAAUCACAGGUAGCGACUAUAUCAAUGCUAAUUACAUCGACGGCUACAGGAAGCAGAACGCAUAUAUAGCCACACAGGGACCACUGCCGGAAACCUUCGGAGACUUCUGGAGGAUGGUGUGGGAACAGCGAGCUGCGACGGUGGUCAUGAUGACUAGAUUGGAGGAAAAGUCACGGAUAAAGUGCGACCAGUACUGGCCUAGUAGAGGGACGGAAACCUACGGGAUGAUCCAAGUGACUCUUUUGGACACCAUAGAGCUCGCCACCUUCUGUGUGCGCACCUUCUCCUUGCACAAGAAUGGCUCCAGUGAAAAGCGAGAGGUUCGACAGUUCCAGUUUACCGCCUGGCCGGACCAUGGCGUUCCCGAGUACCCUACUCCAUUCCUGGCCUUCCUCAGGAGGGUGAAGACGUGCAAUCCACCAGACGCCGGACCCAUCAUCGCCCAUUGCAGUGCUGGUGUGGGCCGCACAGGCUGCUUCAUCGUGAUCGACGCUAUGCUAGAACGCAUAAAGCAUGAGAAGACAGUGGACAUCUAUGGUCACGUGACCCUCAUGCGCUCCCAGAGGAACUACAUGGUGCAGACGGAGGACCAGUACAGCUUUAUCCACGAUGCCCUUCUGGAGGCUGUAGCCUGCGGGAACACGGAGGUGGCGGCACGUAGCCUCUUCUCCUACAUCCAGAAGCUGGCACAGGUGGAGGCUGGAGAGCAUGUCAGUGGCAUGGAGCUGGAGUUUAAGCGAUUGGCGAACUCCAAAGCCCACACGUCCAGAUUCAUAAGUGCCAAUCUGCCAUGCAACAAAUUCAAGAACCGCCUGGUCAACAUCAUGCCGUACGAGACCACUCGAGUGUGCCUGCAGCCAAUCAGAGGGCUGGAGGGCUCCGACUACAUCAACUCCAGCUUUAUUGACGGAUACAGACAACAGAGGGCGUAUAUAGCCACGCAGGGUCCGUUAGCGGAGACUACCGAGGACUUCUGGAGGAUGUUGUGGGAGAACAACUCCACCAUUGUGGUCAUGCUGACCAAACUGCGGGAGAUGGGCAGAGAGAAGUGUCACCAGUAUUGGCCAGCCGAGCGCUCGGCUAGAUAUCAGUACUUUGUGGUGGAUCCAAUGGCGGAGUACAACAUGCCGCAGUACAUCCUCCGAGAGUUUAAAGUGACAGAUGCCAGGGACGGUCAGUCCAGGACCGUCCGUCAGUUCCAGUUCACCGACUGGCCGGAGCAAGGUGUUCCCAAAUCUGGAGAGGGAUUCAUUGACUUCAUCGGACAGGUGCAUAAAACAAAGGAGCAGUUCGGACAGGACGGUCCCAUCUCUGUCCACUGCAGUGCUGGCGUUGGACGGACCGGGGUCUUCAUCACGUUGAGUAUCGUGCUGGAAAGGAUGCGUUAUGAAGGAGUCGUGGACAUUUUCCAGACGGUCAAAAUGCUCAGAACACAACGGCCAGCAAUGGUGCAGACAGAGGACGAGUACCAGUUUUGUUAUCAGGCGGCUCUGGAGUACCUUGGAAGUUUUGAUCACUAUGCAACGUAAAAAAGCCAUUUUUUUGUCCCCCCCCAGCCCCACAAUCCCCCUCCCCCCAACAGCCUCCUGAGCCAUAAAAACUUGCUUGAAAACACGAAACAAUGACAUUAUAGAAAAUCCAUAGCGUUUAUUUCCACAAAUCGUCAUUUUUUCGGAACCAAUCCUACCAAGAGUUUCCAAAUUGGACCGCAACAAGCGCAGAAACCCCAAUCCCAGGGAGGAACCAACCGUUUUUUGGCUCAGGCUGUAGGGUGGGAAUGAUCCAAGUGUCGGACCACUAACCUUACCUCAAGUGUUCUGAUGUGGAGGACAAACAUGGUUUCUUUCCAGACUGACUCUAUGAACAGUACAAAAUACAAAAAAAGUCAAAAGUGAAAGAAGGAGUUCUGCCAAUACACAGCGAGCACGCGAUUUGGUUGGUUCCUUCAGUGUUUACUAAACGUUUAUCGUCUCGUCAGUCUCAAGAGUGAAGAAGUUGGAGCUAAGGUACAAAAACAAGUUGGAAAGGAAACUUUGUUUGCUGCUCACGUCUCGGUUCAAGCCUCUUUCAAGUGAUUUGGACAAAAUUGGGAGCCACUUAAGAGGCAAUCCGAACCGUUCACCCACUUGAGAAAGUAAAACCCUCUGAUUGAAAGUUGACAGCGUUCUUGAGGCAUUCGAGGAAAUGGCGGAAAGCUAAUCGCAUCAGUUUCUUGAGGUUUUGGACCGUUAUUUGGUGCUUUCCAGCGAUGUAGCUCCCUCUCCAUCGUUUCGAGAGCUUAACCUGGAGAUUUGGACCUGAAGAACCAACAAUGGUCGCACCGGAUAUGUAGGCGGCGAUAUGUGGCUAUCGGUAACUCUGGCGUCCCCAGUGACCAACCUUCAUCGCCAACUCUUUUAUUUUUUUUUGUCUUACAACUGUUUUGAUUUGGUUUCAGUUCGCUCUUGAUACCAAACAUGCUGCUUUCGCUCCAUUAUGCUGUAUGUGUACAUGUGAAGACUCCGAUUUAAGUGUGAAAGAGUGUGAUUUUUACUUUUUUGUGUGUGUGUGUGUUGGUCCCACCGCUCGAUCCAUUUCCUAAUGCCCUGAGAUGAAACCGCGCGUCCAACUUUGUUUUACCAAAACGGCCCAUUGCUGGUUAUGUUGGGAUUCCUUGCGUCGGUUCAUUUAAUAGACGAUGGAUAUUCGCGUCAUGAAAUUGCGGUACAGCUAUCUUCUUGUCGUAGGGUGGGACUGUUCUACACGCUCAUGCAUAUGCGUAUGAGAGGGGAGGGGUCAACUCUCCACCGUCAGAUCUGAUUGGCCGAUCUGGAGAAUGCUUGAACCUGAUUGGUGAGAGAGUGAAAGGAGCCGUGUGUAAUCUUAUUUCCAAAAAAGCCUUAUUCUUGUAACAUCGUAGAAAAAAAACAGAAAAAAAAACAAACAAAAAAAAAAACAAAUAUGUUAUUGUUGUAUUAUUUUGACUAUUAUCUUCUUUCUUAACAGACAUUUGAUUUCUUGAUUUUAGCGUUUUUAACAAAUACUCUUUUUUUUAAUUAGCAAGAAGCUCAUUUUUGCUCAUGUUACGUUAAAAGACAUUCUAUUUUUUCACUUUAGAAAUGUUACGGCAGAUGUUUGUGCGCAUGUAUACAUAAACGAAUGGGACGUGAAUGUAUACAUACACACUCACGCAUAUAUUUAAAUGCAGAAUAUAAUAGAUAUAUCCAAAUCUUCAUAUGAAUAGCCUUUUUUGUGUUUGUUUUUAAGCGGGCGAUCAUUUUUAUACCACCAUGAAAUUGCGUGUACGAAAUCGUGAAUGAUUCUUUGUAAAGGAAAUUUCCCAUAAAUCACUGCGGGGGAGAUUUGACUUCCUGUUGCUCAAUAAUGAAGGGUGGAGUACUUAUUAUUCAUCAAUAGUACUGGUAUUAACUAAAGUAUUACUUUUAUAUUGGUUUACUACAGACUGAAUUGAACAAUAUAUAUAUAUAUGAUUGAUACUUUCCAAAUUUUACAACAAAACAAAUUGUUAAAGCCCAUCUCUGUGAAAUCUUUCAUUUCUUUUAGCAUCUUUUGUUUAGUUUUUUUACUCUUCAACCCACCGAAUGUUCGAUCGUUUGUUAGAUAUCAACUAUGAUCCUGAAUAUAAUGCCUGUAAAUAAACAAAUAUAUAUUAUAUGUAUUUGUAUAAUUUGACCCACGAGAUUUCUGUCUUUGAACAAUACUGAGAUAAACGACUAAAAAAAGAAAUAAAAAAAGAAAUGUUUAUGCUAAUGGAAACCUUCCGCAGUUUUGAAAGAAGCUUUGUCUCACACUAACAGCUCUGUUUAUCUCGCUUCCCUUCAUUCCUCCUUUUUUUCUGAUGCAUUUGUUGGUUUAUUUUCCCCCCCAGUUCUUCACUUUUCUCUUAUCUUCGCCGCCACACGCUGCAGUCCAGUGGUGAGAGAAAUCACAGCGCCUCUCCUUUUCCCCAAGACUUCAUGCUGCGCAGUUUCUAGAAACUUUUUAAGGAGAAUCUCGCUAAAUGAACACUUAUUUCACUCCAAAAUCAAAAGUACUUUAUGCUUAAUAUGCAAUUUAAUUUGAACCUUUUAAAGGUGAUUUUUUUCAAUAUCUCAAUUUUUUUUAACCCCCAAAUGUUCAAAUAAUUAUAUCUCAACCAGAUAUUGGCCAGUCUAGCAAAACACACCAUUGAUGGAAAUCUAAAUUAAUUCUUUUUUUAGAUGAUACAUUUAAUAUACUCUGAAUUUUUAUUUCUUUUUUAAAUAUUUCGCAAAUGAUGUUUAGCAGAGCGAGGAAAUUUUCACAGUAUUUCCUAUAAUAUUUUUACUUCUGGAGAAAGUCUUAUUUGUUUUAUUUCGGCUAGAAUAAAAGCAGUUCUUAAUUUUUUUUAAACCAUUUUAAGGUCAAAAUUAUUAGCAAUACUAGUUACAGAUUAUCUACAGAACAAGUCAUCGACAUAUAAUGGCUUGCCUAAUUACCCUAACUUGCCUAAUUAAGCUAGUUAAGCUUUUAAUAAUAACAGUAAACGUUUUCUCAGCACUCGAGUCGUUUCUUUACACAUUUAUGAAGGGGUAAGCGUUAGCCCGCUGGAUGACUGGGCAGCAGAACGCCCACCACACACCCACUUAUUGACCGAGUGAUGAAGCCAGUCAGUGGACACUGAAGCCAGUGCUCUUUCUUUCAAAACACAUCCUGUGAAUUUUUUUAUGUCCCCAUCACUAUACUGGAGCACUAAAACCCACGGACCAUAGACCCAUAGAGCCCCCUGCUGAACACUAGCACCUCAUCCAGCGCUAACCAAGGUUUACACCCAUUUACACUAGUGCAUUUUCAUUUAGAAAUGCAUAAGCUCUGCUGCAGUAAUGCCUGUCAACCCCGACACUCCGGUGCGUUUGACCCACAACAAUUUUGAAAACACUUCAGAGCCUUUUUAUUGAGCUUCGGAGAAGAAAUUGUUCACAAGAUUUACAGAAGACUUUUUAACAACAGAUGUCGCUCUAGGCUAGUUUUUAACAGAAGAUGGCGCUCUAGGCUAAUUUUUAUUAGAAUAUGACGCUCUAGGCUAGAUUUUGACAGCAGAUGGAGCUCUAGACUAGUUUUUAACAGCAGAUGGAGCUCUAGGCUAGUUUUUAACAGCAGAUGGCGCUCUAUGCUAGUUUUUAACAGCAGAUGGGGCUCUAGGCUAGUUUUUAACAGCAGAUGGCGCUCUAGGAUAGUUUUUAACAGCAGAUGGCACUCUAGGCUAGUUUUUAACAGCAGAUGGCGCUCUAUGCUAGUUUUUAACAGCAGAUGGCGCUCUAUGCUAGUUUUUAACAGCAGAUGGCGCUCUAGGCUAGUUUUUAACAGCAGAUGGGGCUCUAUGCAAGUUUUUAGCAACAAAUGAUCCUCUAUGCUAGUUUUUAACAGCAGAUGGGGCUCUAUGCUAGUUUUUAGCAACAGAUGAUGCUCUAUGCUAGUUUUUAACUGCAGAUGGGGCUGUAUGCUAGUUUUUAACAACAGGCAGCACUCUAGGCUAGUUUUUAACAGCAGAUGGCACUGUAUGCUUGCAUCCAAUUCUUUACAAAUAGCAGUUGAACCUAAAAUAAUCAUUAAGAAAGUUAGAAAAGCUUUAAGCAAAUUACAAAAGCAUUCAUAGUAAGCUUCGUUUACGUUAAUCUCGUAACAUAAAAACCAAAUUACAUGAUUCAACUGAACGCACAAGUGCUCUUUAUUUUGAGCAUUGAAGUGUAUGGUUAAAAACUAGCGUAGAGCAACAUUUACUGUUAAAAACUAGCCUAGAGUGAAAUAUGCUGUUUUAAAGUAGCGUAGAGCGCCAUCUGCUGUUAAAAACUAGCCUAGAGUGCCAUCUGCUGUUAAAAAACAAGCCUAAAGCGCCAUCUGCUGUUAAAAACUAGCCUAGAGUGCCAUCUGCUGUUAAAAACUAGCCUAGAGCCCCAUCUGCUGUUAAAAACUAGCCUAAAGCGCCAUCUGCUGUUAAAAACUAGCCUAGAGUGCCAUCUGCUGUUAAAACUAGCCUAGAGCCCCAUCUGCUGUUAAAAACUAGCCUAAAGCGCCAUCUGCUGUUAAAAACUAGCCUAGAGCGCCAUCUGCUGUUAAAAACUAGCCUAGAGUGCCAUCUGCUGUUAAAAACUAGCCUAGAGCCCCAUCUGCUGUUAAAAACUAGCCUAAAGCGCCAUCUGCUGUUAAAAACUAGCCUAGAGCGCCAUCUGCUGUUAAAAACUAGCCUAGAGUGCCAUCUGCUGUUAAAAACUAGCCUAGAGCCCCAUCUGCUGUUAAAAACAAGCCUAAAGCGCCAUCUGCUUUAAAAAACUAGCCUAGAGUGCCAUCUGCUGUUAAAAACUAGCCUAGAGCGCCAUCUGCUGUUAAAAACUAGCCUAGAGCCCCAUCUGGUGUUAAAAAUUUGCCUAGAGCACCAUCUGGUGUUAAAAACUAGCCUAGAGCGCCAUCCUCUGUUAAAAACUAGCCUAGAGCUCCAUCUGGUGUUAAAAACUAGCCUAGAGCACCAUCUGCUGUUAAAACUAAGCUCAGAAUCAGUCCGUUUUAAAAAUGAUUUCUGUGUAAAACCAAAACGCAAAGUGCCAUCAAAAAUUGUUUCCUGAUUGGGUCCUCAGGCUAUUGUGUAUCGUUCUCUGAUUCAUCACGUCCUGAUCAUAUGACAUUAAUUCUAGUGGUUGGCAAGAAAUACACACACCCAGUCUUUGCGUAUGGACUUAUGAUGUGUUUUAGGACAGCGAUUGUUUCUCCAAAAUGCAGUGAAAAUUCAAAAGCGCCAUUUUAAAGUGAAAACAUCCUAGUGUAAAAGCAGCCUCAGGUCAUGACCUGUCCUAACCCUGCCUAGCUUCAGUGGGCUAGCAAUAAGAAUGUUUUGUUGGUAUCAAAAUAAAAUGAUGCGAUGCAAAACAUCUUGCUGGACCUAUAAUUAAGCUCAUUUUUCUUUAAGUAAAUUUGAGUUUCUUUGAUUUUGGAGUGAUGUAAAGUUCUUGACAGAGAUUCAACCCGAAAACGAAUCCUAUACGCAGCAUAUAUCGGUAAUCGUUUCAUGUUUCUAAGUGAAGAAGGGCUAAAAUGCCCAGUGCCUAUAAAAUGCCACACGAACAGCUAAUCGCAUUGAAUUGGUUGUGUGUUUGAUGGUUAGCUUCACUAGCAUAAAAACACGUCCCGCUCUCACCACUGCCUCUGUUCUCCAUCUUUGUUUGAUUCCUAGUUCAUUGCGAAGCUCUAGACGUUUACAGAUGCAUGCCAUGUUUAGUUCUGUUUUUAGUUUUACUUUGGGGAUUUUAUCCGUUAAGGGACGAAAGUAGGUGAGAAAUUGGAAUCUGGAAAUUCCAGCGCUGCCUUUUAAACUGUUGGGAGUUUUGUGUGUGUUUCUAACGAACUUUUCCAACGUGCGAUUGGACUUGUCGGACUGAUCUCCAUUAAAAAAAUGUUUAAAAACAUCUCUACGAUGGCAGAGGUGCUCGGACAUUCUGCCAAUGGACAUUUGAGCUUUGACAACAGGAGCCAAACGUACAAACUGAUUAGAGUACAAAUAACGAAGAACCAAUAUACAAAAAGUGAACGUAUUAACACAGCGGCCAACAGAAAAAAAAUAAAAGAAGAGAGAAAAAAAAGCCAAACUCCAACAUGAGAAUUGUUUUACUUUGUACGAAGGCCAAGUGCUAUCGCUUUCAAACUGUUACUUCUGACGGACACACAAUAAUUGGUUUGAAACCACUGUGUAUGUAGAUAUGUUGACUUUGUAUUAAAGAAAUGUUGUCUGAAAA